AAGCCAACCGCAUUUUCUCGGCCCUUUCAUGAUUAUGAAUACUAGAGGAGGUGUUCCGAAAUACCAUUGUGGUCACGUGGUGUUUUACGUGCUUUGUGAGCGUCUACAUAAUUAUGGACAGGUUUUCAAAUGGACAACUAGUUUGGGGACAUAUUUUAAAGUCUUCAUGGUGGCCUGCUUUAGUGUUUCCAGGACCUAUGGCUGGAAAAAGCCAUGCCAAACCAGGAGCAGUUUGGGUUAUAUGGUUACAGGACCUUAAGAUUUCAGAGAUGAAAUUCAACAAGUUGGAGAACUUUGCCAGUAAUUUUACGAAACAUAGAAAAGGAAAAUAUUCCUCGGCUCUUGAACAAGCUGUAGUUGAAGCACUUGAGGUUUGUGCACAUCGUGCAGGUUUAUCAAUAGACAACAUCAAGCAAUGGGGAUUAGUUGAAGAAGGAUUUAUAGACCUUGUAAAUUCUUCAGGAGAUACCUUUGAACCUAAAUCAGGUUUUGAGUACCCAAAUAAAGUAGUCUCUGCCCUGAAGGAAGCAAAAAAUAGAAGUGACAUAGUCAGACUUGAAGUAGAGAAGAAGAAAAAGUUGGAGAUAGAUAAACUAAAAAAGGGAGAGAAAGGACAGAAAGGUGAACAGGAGAAGAAAGAACAGCAAAAAGAAGAACAGAUAGUGGUACUAAAUGAUACUGCUGCGGGAAGUCGGGAACAUGAAAAUGUGAUGAUAAAUGAAGUUUGUUUGUCCUGUGCUAAAGAGAAAGCUAUCUGUCACCAUCCUUUGUUUGAAGGAUAUGUUUGCAGUAAAUGCAAGGGCAAACUGAUGGAAAGUCUCCUUACAAAGAAUAGAGAUGGAACAUAUAUGUUCUGUUGUGUGUGUGGUAAAGGCUGCAAGAUGUAUAGAUGUGCUGACAUGACAUGUGGGAGAUUAUUCUGUAAAAGAUGUCUGAAAGAGAAUGUGAGUGUCAACAUGGUUCAAGGGAGGGACAGAAUUUGUGGGGACAGAAAUCCUUGGCUAUGUAUGCUGUGCACCCAGUAUAAAACAUACAACCAUGGAAAACUUGUUCCAAGAGAUAAUUGGAGAGAAGAGCUGGUGAAAUUUUUCAAUCCAGUGUCUGAUCAGGUCACUGUGAUGCAUGGAGAUGUCAGUAGAAGGAAGAUGAGAGUGUUGGUCUUGUUUAAUGGAGCGGAACGUGUGAGACGUGUACUUGAUGAACUUGACAUCAAUGUUGAGUUGUUUUGUGUAGUUGACAAUGUGUAUGCUCUCAGGAAAGAUAAGCUAAAACAGUUAUGUCCAAUAGAUCUUGUUGUGGCAUUUCCACCGUGUCAUGAUCUGGAUGUUACUAACAAGGAACAAACAGGGUUCAAUGAAACAGGGAGUAUGAUGAUAAAGUUCUGGUUGAUUGUACAGGACAUUGAAGUAAUGUGUAAGGGCAUGAAUGAUGUAUACUGGUUAGUAGAAUGCAAGGCAUCAAUGAGGACCAAGUAUAGAGAACUCUUGUCCAACUUCUUUGAGAGAGAACCAUGCAUGUGGGAUACACAGUUUUUCUUACCAAGUGUUUAUAAUCCCAAGUUUUAUUGGGGAAAUAUUCCUUCCUUAUACAGCUCAUUUCAGUAUUACAAAGAAAAGAAAGGAUAUAUUACAACUCUUAGCCAGGAGUCAUUCUAUGCUACAAGUGAUAACAGAUCUGCCCAGGUAAAGAGGUCUAACAACAAUGUUACAGUGAUAAACAAUAAGAAGGCUAAAAGAAACACAGAAAAUGAUAACAAGUUAGGAACAGAUGACAAGGAAGAGGAAAGCAUUGACACAGACGACAAUCAAGGGGAAGGUAUUGACAUAGACGACAAUCAAGGGGAAGGUAUUGACAUAGACAACAAUCAAGGGGAAGGUAUUGACAUAGACGACAAUCAAGGGGAAGGUAUUGACAUAGACAACAAUCAAGGGGAAGGUAUUGACAUAGACAACAAUCAAGGGGAAGGUAUUGACAUAGACAACAAUCAAGGGGAAGGUAUUGACAUAGACAACAAUCAAGGGGAAGGUAUUGACACAGAUGACUUACAGGAGGACCGUGACUCUGAUGACAUACAAUCCACUGAACCAGAAAUAAACACUGCUUACAACACAACAACUUCUCUACCAGUGAAAUUUGAUUGGAAAGAUAAUUGCAUACUUGCAGAUGAAAGGUAACUUUCAUUAACAUAUCCUGUGCUCAAAGACUUGGUGAGCCCUUGUGAUCGCAUGAUGUGUUUCCUUUAUCAACAAUUUCUUUCAACAUAUUUUAAAGCACCUGGUACUUCACUGGUGACAAAGGUUUAUCACU